CCGUAACUUCGAGACGUAAACAAAACCGAAGCCGAAAUCCGAAAGAAAAUUUUCGAGUCGAAUUUUCAUCAUUAUUUGUGGAGUGUUGCUGUCUUGCUGAAAAUCCGUUACACUGUUUGGAAUGGAUAAAGGUGGAGCUUCCCAAACAGCAGCCAUGGAAGCCUUAGCAAAGCUGCGUCCUGACAUAGACUUCGCUAUGUUAGCCAAGAUGGGAGUGACUCUGGAUCCAAUAGCCCUCACCAAGCAGCUGCGUCCAGACUUGGAUGUUAAGAUGAUGACCAGCAGUUCAUCAAGUAGCAAGGCCGAGUCAACACAUUCGUAUUCUACAGCUCACUCUUCACACGCUUCUUCUCACUCAAGCUCUCACUCUCACUCAGGGAGUCCAUCCUCACAGCAUCUCAGUAAAUCUGAUGCAGCAUAUUUGGCAAAGUUGCAGGAGGCAAGUCUUGCAAGUGCUAAUGCUUUAGCUAAACUAGACCCAAAUCUUCUUGCAAAGUUGGACCAAACAACCCUGACACAACUGUCAAAACUUGACCCUGCCACCUUGGCCAAGCUUGACCAUAACACUCUGGCACAACUGGUCAAAGCUGAUGCUUCAGCUGCUAGCAUGUCCAUGAGCAAAGUUGAUCAGGCUAUGUUGGCACAAUUGUUUAAAUUAGACCCUCAUAUCUUUGCAAAAAUGGAUCAAACAACUCUCAAUCAGCUGACUAAACUUGACCCAAUGCUGCUAGCAAAAAUGGACCAGACCACCUUGAAUCAACUGGCUAAAUUAGACCCUCAUACUUUAUCCAAACUGGACCAAGCCAUGUUAGCCCAGUUGGCACGGCAUGAUGCUCAAAUGCAGGCUCAAGCUCGUGCUGCUUUGAGCAAGAUGGACUCGGCCACUCUCUCCCAGUUAUCAAAAAUGGACCCACACUUAUUGUCAAAACUUGACCCAAGCACACUAGCACAGCUUGCUAAAUUGGAUGCCCACACACUCUCAAAAGUUGACUCUGCAACUUUGGCUCAACUAGCUUCCAUGGAUGCUGUUGCAAUGGCUCAAUUGGCUAAAAUGGACACACAUUCCUUGUCCAAAAUGGACCAGGCUACUUUGGCUCAGUUGGCUAAAAUGGAUCCUCAUACAUUAUCGAAACUGGACCCUACCUUGUUGGCCCAGAUGACAAAGCUAGAUCAGCAGACCGUCAACAAAAUGAAUAGUGCUGCUCUUGCCCAACUCUCAAAAAUGGAUCCACAUAACAUCUCCAAGAAGGAUCCUGUCAACCAGUUUAUGAAAAUGGAUCAUCAUGCAAUGCCCAAAAUGGAUCCCACUACAUUGGCACAGCUCUCAAAACUAGAAGCACAUGCUAAGAUGGACCCUGCUGCUCUGGCACAGCUUUCCAAGCUGGAUCCACAUGCAAUGUCAAAGCUGGAUGCCCAGUUGGCUCAGUUAGCAAAAUUAGAUUCACACACACUCUCUAAGUUGGAUGUCAACACCCUGGCCCAACUUGUUAAGUUAGACCCACACUUACUGACUAAAUUAGACUCCACAGCACUAGCACAGUUAACAAAAUUGGAAGCUCAACAGAUGCAGGCAGCAGCUGCAGCAGCAGGUUUGUCAAAAGCAGAUUUAGCAGAACUUCGUAAACUAGAAGCAGAAGCCUUGGCUCGAUUACAACCCAUGGAUAUGGAUGCAUCAUUACUGAGUCCUGCUACUGCAGGCUUAAACACAAACACCACAACUUCCUCUGGCAAUUCACAUGGAAUGUCAAAGUACCAGCAGUUACUAGCAGUGAUUGAAGAAAUGGGAAAAGACAUCCGCCCAACAUAUGCAGGGAGCAAGAGCAGUGCUGAGCGCCUGAAGCGUGGAAUUGUCCAUGCCCGGAUCUUGGUCAGAGAAUGUCUCAUUGAAACUGAGCGAGCAGCACGAACCUAAUUGGUGCUAUCUUUGGGGCUUUGCAUUUUUGUUUUUCUCUUCUUAAACACUAUUAUUGCAAUAGAAAACUUUAGUAUAACAGUGAGUAGUAAAACAUUUUCAUAUUAAAGUGGUAUGGAGUAAUAUAGAAUUCAUGUGUAGUUUCAUCCUAGAAGAUGUUAGGGAACUAGAUAAUUGUAGAAUUAAUAGGUGACUGCAGAUUUAAGUAAAUGUCUAUGGUUUCUUUUUGAAAAUUAAGUUAACCUGAAUAACAAUGUACCUAGAUCUUCAAAAGUCUUGAAAUAAAGUUAUGGUUGUAUCAGUUUCUUUUUAUUUUUGUUCAUAUCAUGUUCAGUUUCUCUUGUAUUUGAAACUUGUGUUAACCAAAGAUGCAGUUCAAAUGAUAUUUACACAUCUUUAUAGUUAUAAAAAAUGCAAUUUAAAGUCAUAAUAAAAUAUUCUUUUUGUAAUAAUAGUAUAAGGAUAAGAAUGUGUAAAAUUAAUGUGAGCUUUGAGAUCUGAAUGAGACUUUAGAUAUUUUGUGCUGUGAAAAUGUUUUGAUGAAACUGAAGAUACACAUAAGAGUCUGAAAACAGACCAUUUUGUACAGUAGUUUGUUAUAAGUGUAGUGUUUCUUUUUUCAUUUUACUUGGCAAAGAAGUGACUAAGUUGCAGGUUAUGAGGUGUACAGUGUACACAAGUUAAUAAAUAACCAGUAUGCUACAAUCACCAUACAUGGAGCUGUAUUUAUCUUAGUGGAUUCAGCUUAACAAUUAUGCCAGAUCCACAGGAGAUUACAAUACAGCAUAUGGUACUAUAUGGUUACUGUAAGUUUUGCCAAACAGGCACAUUGAAGAAUCCAGUUUAAAGUUGGCUGUCAUUUUAUAUGCUUAUCAUACAGUUACCUUUAUGGUACUUUUUAUCCUGCUGUAGUACAUGCUCUUCAGAUGCAUAAAGUAGAAAGUAUUCUACUUUGCUGUGCUUGUUUAUGAUGAUGUGUUGUGGCUCUAUAUACCGGAUAGUGAGGUAACCUGGAAAGGUUUUAGAAUACUUUGUAGUGCAGUAUGGUAAUGAUAUGAAAUAAAGACUACAAUAAAUACAUUUUUUGAAAGCUAUUAUGUAUUAAGUAAUUUCAAAACAAAACUUGAAGUAUAAGUAAAAGUAUGACAGCAUUUAUUGUAGUUUGUUAAAGUUACUAUAAGGGGCUAAGUAAUGACCAGCAUUGAGCAUCAUUGCUGAAAGAGUGGUUGGUGUUGUUCUGUCAAGAAUUUGUAUUUGUGUAGUAUACAGUUUUUUUGUAUUGCAUAUUCAUGGAAUCAUUAAUAUUUAAGAUCUUC